UCUGUACAGCCCUGUGGACUUGGUGGGAGGGGAGGAGAAGUUUCUCCAAAGACAAGCUUGGAUCACUCUGCAAGACGAUGCCUUCCUCUUGCCUAGUCUCCCAAGCAGCUCAGUGGAUUUGGUAAUUCCUCAGAUUAUUUAUUUCAGCAAGUUUUUUCAGAGGGACUGAGAGAGACUGAUCCAGAGAAUGCUCCCACAAGUCAUAAGGAUUCUACAUGUCUUGUCUUUUUGCUUUUUCCAAGGAGGCUUUAUCAGACCCAGCUCCUGUAAGGAGGAGAUAAAGCCGUCCAGCCGGGCAGGGCCACAGCUGUCCCCGUCUGACUUCCUGGACAAGCUCAUGGGUAGAACGUCUGGCUAUGACGCCCGCAUCCGACCCAACUUCAAAGGGGAACCUGUAAAUGUCUCCUGCAAUAUAUUUAUUAACAGCUUUGGGUCCAUCACCGAGACAACAAUGGACUACAGGCUCAAUGUGUUCCUACGGCAAAAGUGGAAUGACCCCCGACUGGCAUAUAGUGAAUACCCCGAUGACUCUUUGGACCUGGACCCCUCCAUGUUGGACUCCAUCUGGAAGCCUGACCUCUUCUUCGCCAACGAGAAAGGGGCCAACUUCCAUGAGGUCACCACUGACAAUAAACUGCUGAGGAUCUUCAGAGAUGGCAGUGUGCUAUAUAGUAUAAGGCUGACUCUUAUCCUGUCCUGCCCUAUGGACUUGAAGAAUUUCCCAAUGGACAUUCAGACCUGUACCAUGCAGCUUGAAAGCUUUGGGUAUACCAUGAAUGACUUGUUCUUUGAGUGGAUGAGUGACGGGCCGGCCGUGCAAGUGGCUGAGGACCUGACUCUCCCCCAGUUUGUGUUGAAGGAGGAGAAGGACCUGGGCUACUGCACCAAGCAUUAUAACACAGGGAAGUUCACCUGCAUCGAGGUCAAAUUCCACCUGGAGCGUCAGAUGGGCUACUACCUGAUCCAGAUGUACAUCCCCUCCCUCCUCAUCGUCAUCCUCUCCUGGGUCUCCUUCUGGAUCAACAUGGACGCCGCGCCCGCCAGGGUGGGCCUGGGGAUUACCACGGUGCUCACCAUGACGACCCAGAGCUCAGGCUCCAGAGCCUCGCUGCCUAAGGUGUCCUACGUGAAGGCCAUUGACAUCUGGAUGGCGGUGUGUCUACUGUUCGUGUUUGCUGCUCUGUUGGAGUACGCAGCGGUCAACUUUGUCUCGCGGCAACACAAGGAGUUCAUCAGGCUGAGGAAGAAACAACGACGGCAGAGAAUAGAAGAGGAACUGGUGAGGGAGAGUCGUGGAUUUUACUUCGGGGGUUAUGGCCUGGGUCACUGCCUGCAGACCAAGGAUGGCACCACUGUGGAGGGCGCCUCGGUCUUUGCCCCUCCGCCCCGAGUGGCCACCGUACAAGACAGCGAGGCGCUCCGCAAACGCUUUGUGGACCGGGCCAAGCGCAUCGAUACUAUAUCACGAGCUGUCUUCCCCCUGAGUUUCCUCAUAUUCAACAUCUUCUACUGGGUCACGUACAAAGUGCUGCGACACGAGGACAUCCAUGCAAACUUGUAAUUGGCUCUUUCGUAUCCAGAUACCCUCCUCCUCAAUGUUUCUUGUUACGUUUCAUUAGCAUUUCUUAGAACCAAAACUGCCUGUCAGAGCUACAUUGCAAGUGAGGAUUUUUGAGGAGGUAUGUGUUCUGCUGCAACAUUGUCGUUGAUGCUAUAGCCUACACUACGUGCUCAAGUGCGUUUUCAGAAUCGCAGAGAGAAAGAGAAAAAGAGGGAUGGGGGGGCAGAGUGAACAAAUAUUAUGUUGAUUCGGACUGAUGUUAGUUUAUUGUUUGUUGUUGGGUUCUCUUCAUCUUUCUCUUCUAGUUUUGGCUGGAUUACCAUCAGAGCCAUUACAGUGCUGGUAUCUGGGACUGGAUGACAAAUACUGACUUGAAUUUUGCCACUAAUCACAUCUUUGAAUGAAUGUUUUUGAAAAUUCUCAAGAUAAUGGCUUUUUUACACCUUAGAUUGCCAAAAUAAAUAGGGUCUUUGAUAUUUCUGAGUAUUCAAAGGGUGGUUAUGACUCAUUUUACGUACAUAUGACAAGAGAUUAUAUCUAUACAAAUGUAUAAACUGUAUAUAAACAGAGCUGUUCAAUGAUUGC